UGCAAUGCAGUGAUGUGGACGGUCUUUGCAAAAGCCCUGAGGCUCUCCUCUUCCUCAGCCACUGCCUCUGUGACGACAACAGCCUCCAACUUCAUCUCUUCGGCCAUCCUGGGCAAGCUUCUCUUCGGGGAGACGUGGACACCUCUGUGGUGGGUCGGCCUCGCCGUGAUGCUCUGCGGCCUCAUGCUGCUGCACACAGCUGCACCCCGGCUGGCGCAGCUCACGGCGGAGAAGAAGGAGGCGUGAUGGCUGCCGGAGGGGGCACGGCACCUUGCCACCCCUUGCCCCUCGCCAGCCUGCCUCUGGCCAUGGACCUGCUAGCCCCUACUCACCUGUGGAUCUGCCAACUUGCAAAGUCACGCCAGUCGCAUCUUUCCUGGCAGGCCAGCAGUGG